GUAGCGUUCCACUAGUAAGUGUCUUACCGCCCGGGCUUCUCUCUGACAUGUCUACACUGAAAGAGGUUCACGUUCGAAGAGCCCAACUCGGAUAAUGAAUAAACAACUGCAUCUGUUGGAGAGGUCAUGAGUUCUUCGAGUGCUAGUGAUCUACUUCUGUCUCCAUGCCCUACGUUUCACUCUUUCGUCCUGUGACUCAAGACGGUUGUAGUACUGAAGAUUUAGAAUGAAAUGGUUUCAUAAAAGUACAGAUGCUCCAAGACUCCUCAGUCUAUCACCAUUAACACAGGAUGCAGAAGGCGGAGGAGGAGCAGAAUCACCCUCCUUUAAUUCUAGUAAAGGACCACAAUUAGGUAUGUCUUCAAUGAAAUGCCACAACAAAAGCAACACAGGGAACAAUUUAAAUUUUUACACCUUAGAUGGUCAGCCAUUGGCUGUGGAACCAUCAAGUAGCCAUUUAAUUGAAGGCUCUCCAAGAGAGGAACCAUGUAAUUCCAAGGAAAAACGAAAUCCACUGCUUGAAAAAGUAAAAAUUUCUAGACUUUCAUACCUACCAUCUUUGAAGUCAUCAAAUAAUACGGCUGAAUCCCACAGUUCUCAAAGAAGUGAUUAUUCAAAUGAAAAUAGUGCUUUUAAUCGUAUCAGAAAAUACACAAAAGCUUUAUCCUUUGAAAAUUUGGUUGAAGAUGGAAAUUAUAACCAAAGUCAGAAAAAAGGAACAAGUAAGGAAUCGAACAACUAUGAGUAUUCCUCUGCCGGCAGUGGUAGCAAAGACAUUACAUCACCUAGUAACUCUAAAUCGAAAAACCAAGAAGAAAACAUUUGCUCGAGGUCAUUUCUAACAGCUAAAUUGAAAUUGAUGUCUGAAAGAUAUCUGAAACCUCCCACUAAUAGAUUUAUUGCAAAAUUUUACAAACAAAGCUCGCAAGAUACUGAACAGUAUAUUUCCAGUGACAAAAAUAAAAGUAGGAAAGCUAAAAUACGUAGCUUUUCAUAUGGUGCAUUACCUGGAAUGGAAGAGUUUCGUCAAGAACUAUUAGAUGAAGAAGACAUUGUUCAUUAUUAUAACCCAAGAAAAAAUGAUUCCAUAAAUAUGAGUGCUGAAAAUGAUGAUAGUGACAGUGGUAUUUUAGUUAAUAGUUCAACAAAUUCUUCAUUUGUUGAUUACUUUGGUUCAAAGGCAGCAGAGGAUAAAAUAAAUGUGUGCCAUGUUAGAAGUGUAUCACAAGAAACCUCUGAUAAUGAUUAUCAAAAUUUUUCCUAUGGAUAUAGCAUGCGGAAUCCAAGAGAUGAACUGAAACAUGACAUAAAUAAAAUUGACUCAGAUACACCACCUCCUCUGCCACCGCAUUUUAAGAAUUCACCAAAUAAGUGCAGUAACUAUGAAAAAUCUUUUAUUCUUGUACGAUUAGUACGGAAAAACCCCAAUGAAAAUCUUGGCAUCUGUUUGACAAAAGUGAACAAUUCAGUUAACCCUGGAUAUGUUAUUGCUCAUAUCCUUCCUGGAAGUUUAGCUGACAAGGAUGGCAGUUUUCAAGUGGAUGAUGAAGUCAUAAAUAUUUGUGGAAGGAGGUUAAAAGGUUUACCAUUUGAAAAGGCACGCGAAACAAUUUCAACUGGACCAAUUAAUGUUGAUAUUCUAAUCGCUAGGCAUAUUGAAUGGAAAGCAAACAAAAUGCAGGAAAGUUCUGUCGAUUAUGAAAAUGUUCUUAUUUAUUCUUACUUGAAAGAUGAGCGAUGUAAAUCUCAGCAAAGUAUAAUGAGUGAAACAGUAGACUAUGAAAAAGAUGUUGAUUGUCAUAAAGAAGCUUAUCAAUAUUUAAAAAAUAAUACCCUGAAUCGAAAAGCUUUCAGAAAGAACUUUGGCGUUUUUUCAGGGAAACAGAUAAAAUGUAAUACAGUCACUGAAAAAAGGCAUGGAAGUGCUAUUUCAAAAUGUGCUUUAAGUAAUGAAUCAGGUGGUUCUUCAACAUUUUAUACUUUACCAAGACGCCCUAGGUCAAAUGUAUAUUCAUUGUACACCUUUGUUUUUGAAAAAGGGCCUGGAAAGAAAAGUUUGGGUUUUACCAUUGUUGGUGGGAAAGAUUCACCACGUGGUGCAAUGGGGAUAUUUGUAAAAAGCAUAAUUGAAGGAGGACAAGCUGCUGAGGAUGGACGUCUUCAUGAAGGGGAUGAAAUACUUGCCGUUAAUGGUCAACUUUUUCAUGAUUUAACCCAUUCAGAAGCUGUAUCAAUAUUUAAAAAUAUUAAAUGUGGACCAAUUGCUCUUCAUAUAUCAAGGAGAGUGAGAACUACUAAACCUUCCAGUGCUAAGUCAUGCUUGGAUUUAGUGCAAGAGCCAUCUAUUGGAGAUAGGUAACUUCAUCUGUGAUACUGUCCACUUCAUAUUAGCAAGAUUUUUGUAUUUAUGUUUAUAUCAUGAGAAUAAACCAUAUAAAGAUUAAUUGGAAGAGUUGGAUUCUUUGAUAUUAAUAGAGAAAUACUAAGAAUACUAACAUUAUAUAUGUGAUAUAUGUCUAUUAUUUUUACUUUUGAAACAUGCAUACAAAUAUGAUAGAAUGUUUAUUUUUAUUGUUAGUUAUCAUUUAUAUGAUGAGAUUUAAUAUACUUUUGAUAUUGUAAAUUUGUAAAAAUGAGAAAUAAAUAGUUACAUUUCAAAAUGGAUUUUAUUGUUGUAAUAUAGUUGAAAAAUUGAUUACUGCACUCUAAUGAAAAUCGUUUGUGAUAAGUAUUUGUUUUUUAUUUGCUGCCAUAUGAAUUCAUUUUUGAUUUUGGUUUAGAAAAAAGAUUAGAAUUGAUUUAUUAAAUAUUUUAUAUUUGUAGAUAAGAAAUAUAUGUGUAUAUCUUAUAUGUAUUUUUAUAAAAAUGUACAGUUCAUAAGAUGUAAUUAAAUUUAUUUUUUUUUAGUUUAAUGUCAAUGAAUGAUAUAUAUUUGACAAAAUUGUUGAAAAAUUAUUUUUGAAAGUGUAAAAAAAUAUACUUUACCUGUAUUGUA